ACUUAUAUGUAUCUCCAUCAGAUUAUUUGAAAAUACAAUUUUUUUAAUUUUAAAUUAGUUACUAGUACAAGCGACCUAACUUAUAGUUAUAAAAUUAAUCAGAUUGUAUUGUAAGUUUCAAUUUCAAUUCCAUUCACAUUGACAUAAAUGAAGUAUUUCAACGAUUGGUUUAGUAUUUAGUACGUCCGUGGGAGAGUCAUAGACAAACAUGGCUGCCGUUAGUGUGUGUUGAAAUGGUUAUAAGUAAUGAAGUGAUAAAAAGCACCAUUCAAAUCAAGGCAAAGAUUCAGUCUCCAUAUGAAGUGUAAAUAUACAAAAACAAUUUUGGGCUCAGGGGAAUGUUUAUCAAUUUUGGUUGAGGCUCAACUUGUUACACUGGUAUUUAAACUAACUCAAACGGCUUGAUCCUAUUAAGCCUUCUCACUAAAUUGGCAUUGUCGAGGAGUUGAAUAACCUCAAUGUUCCCAUGUUGUAGUAUCUGUUGUUCAUGGCUACUGGAAAAUUUGGCUGUAGUAUGGUUAACAGUUUUCACAUUGAGGUCUCUAUGGAGAUCAUUGUGCUAGUGAUAUUUUCACUUGAGUGAAAUGAGUGUGGGAGCCAUGCAAGGAGCUUCAGGUGAAAGCCGUUUACGGCAAUUGGAAAUGUUGUUUCUGGGGGGCCCCGUAGUGGCGAAAGAUCAAAGUUUCAGUAUUGAAACCCUUAUAGAUAUUUUAAUUGUUCUUUACGACGAAUGUUGCAACUCAAGCUUAAGGAAAGAGAAAACAGUUUCAGAUUUUAUUGAAUUUGUUAAGCCUGUAGCCACAUCAGUCAAAUCCUUGAGGUUAACCCGCGACGAUUUCGAAAUAAUAAAGGUGAUAGGUAGAGGUGCUUUUGGAGAAGUAUGUGUAGUGAAAUUUAAGUAUACCGAAAAAGUAUUCGCGAUGAAAAUUCUAAACAAGUGGGAGAUGCUCAAGAGGGCUGAAACUGCAUGUUUCAAAGAAGAACGUGAUGUUUUAGUUUAUGGAGAUAGAAGAUGGAUAACUCAUCUGCACUACGCAUUUCAGGACGAAUCUAAUUUAUAUCUUGUUAUGGAUUAUUACUGUGGUGGUGAUUUGUUAACGUUAUUAAGUAAAUUUGAAGAUCGUCUUCCAGAGGAAAUGGCUAGGUUUUAUAUAGCCGAAAUGGUCUUAGCCAUUGACUCAAUACAUAACCUCAAAUAUGUACACAGGGAUAUCAAACCUGACAAUGUCUUAUUAGACGCUAAUGGUCAUAUUAGAUUAGCUGAUUUCGGAAGUUGUUUAAAGCUAAAUCAAGACGGAUCUGUGCAGUCAAAUGUAGCAGUAGGAACACCUGAUUAUAUAUCACCUGAAAUCCUCAGGGCGAUGGAAGAUGGACAAGGGAGGUAUGGACCGGAAUGUGAUUGGUGGUCGUUAGGUGUAUGUAUGUAUGAAAUGUUAUUUGGCGAAACGCCGUUUUAUGCAGAAAGUUUGGUCGAAACUUAUGGAAAAAUUAUGAAUCAUAAGAAUUGUUUUGAUUUUCCAACGGAUGUAGAAGUAACGGACGCUGCCAAAGAUUUGAUUAAAAAGUUGAUCUGUAGCCAAGAAUUUCGCUUGGGACAACAUGGUAUUGAAGAUUUUAAGAAUCAUCCUUGGUUUGAAAAUUUGGACUGGGAUGGCAUUAGAGAUAGCACAGCCCCCUAUAUACCUGAAGUUUCUAGUCCUACUGAUACUUCAAAUUUUGAUGUUGAUGAUGCGGAUAUUCGAUUGUCAGAUGUGUUACCACCGACAGCGAAUAAUGCCUUUACUGGUUUACAUCUCCCGUUCAUUGGAUUUUCGUUUACACAAGGAAGCUACCUUUGCGAUUUAAGUAAUUUGGCGGUGUAUGUCGAGACAAAUUUAAUGGAUAAACACAAUCAACGAAAUAAAAGUGAUAUGAUGGCUACGGCCACAAACCAAGAAAAGGAAAUAGAAAAGAAAAUGUCUCCAGAUAGUACAAGACGGCUGCAAGAUGAAAUUAAUACGCUAACAAAGAGAAAUUGUGAAUUGGAAUCUCAAUUAAGAAGUUUAGAAACGACUAAUUCUAAGGAAUUGCAUAUAGAUUCGUUAGACGGUGCUGAUAAUGCAGUGAAACAUAAGGAGUUGGAGAAACUCGUUAGGAUGCUGAAACAAGAAAAAGAUGAAAUAUUGAAAGACAAACAAGAUCUUCAUGAAAAAUUGAAAUUUCAGGAUAUAGAACUAAAGGAUGCAUUGGCACAGAAAAAAUUAGCCAUGACUGAAUAUGCAGAGGUUUCAGACAAAUUAGCAGAACUUAGACAACAGAAACAAAAAUUAUCGAGACAGGUUAGGGACAAAGAAGAAGAAUUGGAAACGGUAAUGCAGAAGGUAGAUUCCCUACGAAACGAUAUAAGACGUGCAGAAAAGUUGCGAAGAGAACUCGAAUCUAGAGUUGAAGAAUCUCAAGCUGAAGCAAUUAAAGAAAGGAAACUUCGUGAACGGUCUGAAGAAUAUUGUAGACAAAUGCAAGCAGAAUCUGAUCGACUUAGAGUAAGAAGUGAACAUGGUCCCAGGGAUCAACAAGAUUCAUUGAGGUUAAAGACGGAAUUGGAAAAAUUAGAGGUCCAAUAUAACGAAACUUUGACUCAACAGCAAGCAAGAUAUAACAUGGAAUUAUCAUCUCUUAGGGAUCAACUUCACGAGGCUGAAACUCAUAGAGAACUAUUAGAAAGAGAAGUUCAUAUUCUUAAAGAAAAACUGGAGAAAUCCAGAACAGAAGCAUUAGCAGAUUCAGAUCAAUUGAUUGCUGAUCUAAAAAGCAAGCAUGAUAGGGAAAAAUACAUUCUCUCAGAAGAAAACAAAAAUAUUUCUUCAAAUGUAAAUUUCCUUACGGAAUCCAUGAAUCGUCUUCAAACAGAAAAGAACAAUUUAGAAUCGGAAUAUGAACAACUGAGAAGCAAACAAGAAGCUCUGGGUCAGUGGGAAUCUCAGCUAUCUGAAAUUAUUCAGUGGGUUAGCGAUGAAAAAGAUGCUAGAGCAUAUCUUCAAGCUCUAGCAACCAAAAUGACUGAAGAACUGGAUUAUCUUAAACACGCUGGCAUAUCCACUGUUGUCUCUGGGGCAGAUAAAAAUUGGAGGAAUCGAAGAUCUCAAAAAUUGGAUAAAAUGGAACUUUUAAACCUGCAAAGUUCUUUACAAAGUGAAAUUCAAGCGAAACAAGCAAUUAGUGAAGAUUUGAGUAAAACUCGAGAGGCCUUAUUAGCUGCUCAAAAGGAACUUAGAGAAUGUAGACAACGAAAUGAGGCCUUGAAUGUAGAUUUAAAACGAAAAGAAAAACAACUUAAAGAAUAUCAAAAUCGCAUAGAUCCUGAAGGAUUUUUAGAACGACCUUCUUCUCAAAUGUCAUAUCUGGAUCAUUUUUUAAAAGAAAGCAAUUCAUCGUUACAACAGGUGAAUGCAUAUGAUAACGUACCCAUUCAAAGUUUAUUCAAGGGUGGAUCAAUUGAAUCAGAAGAGGGUGAUAUUGAAGACAACAGGGCGUUAAGCAUGACAAGCUCCAAGAGUAAUUUAUCAGAACUUAGUAUGCAUGAAUCUCAAUCUCAGUCUCCUUUGAAACACAAAGCUCAUCAAUUUUUGGUAAGAACGUUUUCUAGUCCUACAAAAUGUAGUCAUUGUACUUCAUUGAUGGUUGGUCUGAUGAGACAAGGAAUGGUGUGUGAAAUAUGUGGUUUCACCUGUCAUACAUCAUGCUGUCAACAUGUUCCUGCAGUAUGUCCUGUACCUCCAGAUCAAACAAAAAGGCCACUUGGAAUCGAUCCCACAAGAGGUAUAGGAACUGCUUAUGAAGGUUAUGUUAAGGUUCCAAAACAAGGGGGUGUAAAAAAAGGUUGGAUCAGACAAUUUGUCGUUGUUUGUGAUUUCAAACUAUUUUUAUAUGAUAUAUCCGCAGAUCGUAAUGCUUUACCUAGUGUUCAUGUAGCUCAAGUCUUGGAUAUGCGAGAUACUCAAUUUAGCGUAUCUAGCGUUAAAGAUUUAGAUGUUAUACAUGCAAAUAAAAAGGAUAUUCCAUGCAUUUUUAAGAUAACAACUUCAUUGAUGGAACCUCCGGGGCCUCGAAAUUCUACAUUAAUGCUUGCGGAUACAGAAGCAGAAAAAAAUAAAUGGGUAGUAGCUUUAGCAGAGCUCCACCGUAUAAUGAAAAGAAAUAAUCUCCCAAACACUACAGUUCUUGUCGCUAGAGAACUUAUAGACACAUCUCUUACUUUAUUGAGAAAUGCAUUAACUGGUGCAAUUAUAGAUCCUGACAGAAUAGUUUUAGGUACUGAGGAUGGUAUGUACUGCAUAGAUUUAGAUAGGACUGAAGUUGCAAAGAUAGGAGAAGGAAAGAAAAUUUUUCAGUUAGAAUAUAUAAGUGAAGAACAUCUACUAGUAGUUGUAAGUGGAAAACAAAGACAAGUAAGGUUAGUUCCCAUACGCGCUCUGGAUGGUGAUGAAGUUGAAUGGAUUAAAGUUACUGAAAGUAAAGGAUGUUCAGUUCUUACAGUGGGACCAGUACUAAGAGCCCCACUCACAUUUUGCCUUUGUGUGUCAAUUAAAAAACAGCAAAAUUCUUCUGUAAUUAUAAUUUAUGAAAUUACCCGUACUAAAACCAGACAUCAACGUGUUAGAGAAAUAGGAUUACCAGUUAGUGUACAAUCUCUCCAAUUAUUAUCUGAUGGUCGUCUCUGUGUGGGGUCACCUUCAUGUUUUACAGUGUACAAUAUUGAAAGUGGAGACCAACAAUUAAUAUCCCUACUACAUCCAGAUAAUCCAUUAUAUUCAACUUUGAUGUGUAGUUCAGUGGAAGCUGUGAGGGUGAUAGAAUUACCACGCCACGAAUAUUUAUUAGUAUUUGGAACUCUAGCUGCAUUUGUAGAUAGGCUUGGUAGAAAAUCGAGAGAUAGAGAAAUUAUGUAUCCAGCAGUACCUGUGGCAAUAGCUUACAGGGAUGGCCAUUUGGUUGUUUAUAGUGAAACUCACAUAGACAUAUUUAACUGUGCUACAGGUGAAUGGGUUCAAACAUUAAAUAUUAAGAAAGCAAAACCAUUGAAUGAUAGUGGAAGCUUGACUUUAUGUUUUCUAAACGAUUUAGCGCAUUUACUUUAUUUGUCGAACAUUCAUCAAAGAGAAUUAAUAAAUAUUGAUAAUAUAGUGACUGUGGAUAGAGAUGGAAGAACUAUCCAUAAAACGAGAAGAAGGUUCUCGUUACGAGAAACCAACAGAACACAACGAAUGAAUACAGAUAGAAGAUCCAAACUUAUAUCAGCUCCAACAAAUUUCAAUCAUAUCAGUCAUAUGGGACCUGGAGAUGGAAUCCAGCGACAGAGGUUAAUUGACUUGACGCCUACACGUACAGAUCAAUUAUCCGAAAACAAUCCAUUUAGUACUGCAACCACACCCCCUCAAAGGAUACCAACUAAAGCAGCCCCAUUACCUCCCAAACAUGGUGAAAGGAAGAGGCCAGAGAUUUCUAAUCCAACUCCUAUUAGACCGUCCUUUCCCGCAUAUAAUGGAGCUAAACGAGCUGCACCUCCACGACCAAGAGAACUUCCACCAGCAUUACCAAAAUCAUCUGAUAAAACACCAUCUCCUGAUCCUGUCAGUAUCGGUAGCAUGUCAUCUUUACACGAAAUGAUCAAGGUAACGGAUAAUAGAGGAAGUCCGCGACAUUCAAUAGCGAGCAAUAAUAGUUCCAAUUUAUCAACUCCACCCUCUCCUCACGCAGAUCACCAUAACAGUUCAAGUUACGAUAGCUAAAUUAAGAAUUAUAUAUAUAUAUAUAUAUAUAUAUAUAUAUAUAUAU